UUUCAUUGCUGAGGAGUUUACGGACGCGUCAGGGGCUCUCUCUCCCCCCAGUUAUCCCCCAGUUUACCUUCGGACGAGCCUGUAAUGGACUACUCCAGUUCUCCCAGCGACCUGGAAGGAUUUUGAGAUACGUUUGCAUUUUUUUUAGCUCCUUCCCCGCAGCUUUUCCACAUUCAAGUCAGCAGGAUGGCUGAAAAGGAGCCCGAAUCGCCUGGAAAACUAAAGACAUUAUUAUAGCCAGAAUUGGCUUUUCUCGGAAUAGGGGGCCUAUCCGAACGGACUAUUUCUUUUCAUAACUUUCCCCAUUGUGGAUAAUGGAUGGCAGAGAUUUUGGACCUCCCCGAUCCGUCCACGUACCACCUCCGUUGUUGGCGGGGCUCGCAAUGGAGUCUCACCGACUCGGAGCAGCAGCAGCAGCCGGGAGGAUCCCUCCCUCGACCGGUCACUUGGGCGCGAGUCAUCCGCCGCCUCUCCACUCCGGAAAAUUCUUGCCAUCGGCCAUUAACCUACAUCCACACCACAGCGAUGCCUUCCCGGCGGGCUCCAGUCCUUUCCUGUCAGGUUAUCCCGGCCCCUCCCCCUUGACCUCCGACCCCGCGUUCAGAUCGGCCAAUCCCAGCGGUCUGCAGAUGGCUCAGCUCUGGGCAUCGCACGCUCACGAAGGCUACCCUCCUCUGUCAAGCAGCCUGUACUCCAGCCCCUACCUGUCCCUGGGGCACCUGGAUCCUCCCACGCUCUCCCAGCACCCUCUCUACGACUCCCAUAAAGAGGGAUUUUACCUGCCAGCCUCCUUGAGCCAGCUGCCCCUACACCAUCCGUCUGCUCCUCCUCCUCCGACCGCCCCGUCCAGCUCCACACCCCCUCAGAGGACGUCCCGGGACGGAGGUAGGGACCGGCCUUACCGAGGGGAGAGGGAGAGGUCGAGAGAGGAGCAGAGGCCUCACAGCGUGGUGGACCUGACGCAGGAUGGGAGGAGCGAGGAGGACCGCAGGGCGAGGAGCGGCGACCGGGAGCGAGAGAAAGAAAGGGAGCGGGACACGGAGAGGGACAGAGACAGCUGGCCCUUCCAUCCUCACGCCCAUCAGCAGAAGUCCCACUCCCAGCCGUCCACAGUCGAGCCCAGAUCCAGGCCGUCGCCUCCGCAGCACUCCUUCCCUUCAGGCGGAGGCGGGAGGUUUCAUGGAGCAGAAACGGACAGAGGGGGUCGAGAUGAAGACGGCGGUUCUCGACCCCACCACAACCAUAACUCUAAUAACUCAAACUCUCACUCAGAGAGACAAAGGAGGAAUGACUCUGUGGCCACGUCAGCCGGCACCCUCCACAUCUCCUACAACCUUCCUCCUGCGCUUCAGCCCUCCGCCGCCGGCCCGCCGCACCCCUCCACACCCAGAGAGUCUGUGAGGGAGCAGCGGGUCACCGCACCGACAUAUGUGCCUUCUGUGGAGGUUUACGACGAGCGGGUCGGGCCCAUCCAGAUCGCCUCGCAGGCCCGUGACAAACAUGGCGAGAAACACAGAGAAAGAGAACGGGAGAGAGACAGAGAGCGAGAACGAGAGCAAGACAGAGAACGGGAACGCAACAGAGAACGGGAGCGCGACAGAGACAGAGAGCGUGAACGGGAGAGAAACCGGGAGAGGGAGAGCUACAGGUUUCCUGAGAGGAGCCACUUGGAGCAUCCUCGUCUCUCCCAGUCUGGCGAUUCAGGCAAUCAAAGAGAGGAAGGUUCUGUCAUUUGUUCCAAUGGUUCCAUUGGUAAACGAGGCCAGGACGCCUCUUACUCCUCCAGUCAAUCAAGGUUCAGCCCAGAAACCAGGGACAUCUCUAAACACUCAAUCCGAUUGGGGAUAGAGCGGGCGGGGGCGGAGCCUAAGUGGAAUACCAUCAGCCCGUUAGCUAACUACGCCACGAGUCACAUGGCUGCCCUGGCAGCUCAACACGGACACACACUCUCCUCCCCCCACAGCCAGCCGACACACACACAAAUGUCCCAUUCCCCUCACACAGCCCACCGGCCCAGCAACAACCCACACUCCACCCACAGCCAUUCCCCCCAAACACACCCCUCGCAACACGGGCACGGGCGCGCAGGGGACGAGGGGAGUCAGAGACGCUACCUGGACCCAUCGGCGCUCUACCGACCUGGAGGGUCGUUGGGAGGAGAGCGAGGUGGGCCAGCAGGGUCGGAUCCCAACGAGGUUUCCGCCAUGCAGAGUCUGAUCAAAUACAGCGGAAACUUUGCCACUGAAGGUCCUGGGUCCGCCAGGCACGCCGCAGAUGGCCGAGGUCCCUUCGGGGGACUGGCUAGCGUUGGGAUGGACAACGAGAGGGAGAGGGAGAAAGAACGAGAGCGGGAACGAGAGAGGGAAAAAGAUCGAGAGCGGGAAAGGGAUAGAGAGAGGGAGAGAGACAGGGAGAGGGUCUCAGUGGGAUCGGGUGGAUCAGGGGCGUUGAGGGUGCCUCCCCAGCUGAAGAGGGAGCAGGAGCGGCCGGACAGCGCGCGCUCCUUCGGCCGGGAGGGGGAGGGGGAGGUGCGCCACCCUCCGGUUGGUAUUGCUGUCGCCGUGGCCCGGCAGAGAGACAGUGGGAGCUCCAGCAAACAGACCAGCGGACCCUCAGAAACACAGAGGACUCUGCUGCAAACUGCUAUUAAAGACGAGGAGCGAGGGGAGGACCGUGGUCGUCACCAUGAUGACCGUAUGCUGGCAGGCCGGCUGGAGCGUGAGCAGGAAAAAGUGCUCAGAGAGUCGAAGGAGCUGGCUGAGUUUACGCAGAUGCACCCUACCCCGCUGUCUAGCUGCCUGACCCCCAGCCUCAUGACCCCUAACCUUAUGGUGACGGGAGGAGCUGCCCUGGCAGGGGCAGGACGAUGGCCUCCCGACCCCUCAACUCUGACCUCUCACCCCUGGAUGCCCCGACCCGGAGCCCCACCAGUCUGGCUCUCCAGCUCCCCAUACAGCCUGGGUCCUUCCUCACUCCACCAGACCCUCCCCCCAGGCUACCCACCGUCCCUGCAAGGCUCCAUACCUCCUCCCUACCAGUUUGCCAGGGACCCACAGUCUGGACAGCUAAUAGUCAUCCCCACUGAACACCUGCCACACUACGGAGGUGAUGUACUGGAGCGUGGAGCCCCGGUGUGGUCGGGGGUAUACGGUACAGGCAGCUCGCUGCAGCAUGCAGCCCAGCUCCAGCUGCUCUCCCAGCAGCAGAUGCUCCGACAACAGGAGCUGCUCAUGAUCCAGCAGCACACAGCGCAGGUCCUGGAGCUGCAGAGGAACGCACAGCUAGUCGAGCGUUUAAAGGCCAGUGAGCACCGGCCGGAGAUGGAAGACAAAGCAGAAAAGCGGAAUGCCGACCCCAAACCCCGCCCCUCUUCGAUAUCUUCCCCGUCUCCCUCGCCCAUCCUGCACCCCCGCAAACCUCCCCCUCCCUCUCGCUCGCCAACCCCGUCUACCUCCUCCCUGACGCCGCUGCCGCCGCUCCCCUCACCAGUGACCACCCUCAAGUCAGAGGAAGGCGGGCAGAGAGUGAUGUCUCACCCACCGACGCCCCUGCCUCACCCGCCUUCCCCACGCUCAGCGUCUCCGCCCCCAUCCUCGCCACGGCGGCCUAAAGUUGAGGCGGCCGAGGAGGGGGAGGUGGGGCGGAGGGAGCAGAGAGAGGCACAGAAGCCGACCUCUGCAGCCUUUCCAGGCAUCUACUCUGAUCUUCCUCCUGGUUACCCUUACCAGUCCAUCACUGCCCCUUUUGGCUCACCUUUCCCCCCUUAUCACAUCCCAGCACCCGCAGGGGCAAACACAGAAGUUGUCCCACCCCACCGCUCCCGCUCUCCUGCCUCUGCUGCCCCUUUGCCCUCAGCCCACCUUCAUCCGAGGCUGCUGGACGGAGACAUCAAGCCGCGGAAACUAGAGUCGUCAAAGACGGGAUCUUUCCUCAAGCAGGAACCAGGUGUGGAGCAGCCUCCCCUCGACAUGACGUCAGAACCUCUGGGUCCUCUCCGCCGGACCUGCAGCCCUGCACUUCCCUGCCAGGACAGAGUGGAAGACGGGGACGCCCUGAAGCCCCAGCCUCAACCGCUACCUCUGCUCGUCCCCAGCCCUCCACUGCUACAAGAUGAAAGACUGGCAGAAGUAAGGGAGAAAGAGAAGGAAGGGGGGCAAAUCAAGAUGGAGGUGUCAUCUUACUCCUGUCAGGCAGCAUAUGCUCUGCCUCCUCCACUCACUCCACUCACAGAGGCUGAGCCUAAACCGGAGGUCAUCAAGGAUCCCGAACACUUUCCAUCGUGCAUCACUGCAGAUUCAGGCAGCCAGGAAUCGUCUCAGACCUGUGCGUCGCUAGAACAAAUCACCAGCGCAGUGUGUGAACAAGAACAGCCAGAUACUCCAAUCAACUCACACAUUCCCACUCAGAAAGAAAGUGUCACCGAAACACCCGUUUAUCCUCCCCCGUCCUCCCACUCGCCGCUCCCGCUGGUCAUCGGCCCCGAGGAUCCCAUGGCGGGGAUGUUCGCUCUGCUGGCAGCCAGCGAGAUGGCCCAGGCCCGCCCCAGCACCCCACCGGCCCCGACGCUCGAACUGCAGAUAGAAAACCCUCCCAUGGGUGCAGAUUGCAGCGGCGCCGGUGCUCUGGAGAUGGUGGCGCUGGAGGGGAUGGCCCUGCUCAGCCAAAUGGCCCAGCGAGAGAUGGAGCACAUGAGCCUGGAGCAAGAUCUGACAUUAGAGGGUCUCGACUGUCUACUAGAAGCAAGCAGACAGAUUUUGUUGGAGGCCAUCGAGAAACAGUCGCACAUUGAUCUGCCCAGAACGCUGGACCCCAACAAGAAGUACAGCUGGAGGCAGAGGAAGGAAGAGCCGCUGUACAGUAAAAUGUCUGUGGACGUGUUGGAUGCAGUGGAAGUGGAAUACCGUGUCCGCCUGGCCGAGCUGCAGAAGACGUAUAAGGAGAAGCAGCGAGAUCUGAGCAGGCUGCAGAGACGCAGAGACAAGCGUGAGCGGCAGCAGCAGGAGGAUGAGAGGCGGAGUCUGACCAGACGUGGCAGAGGACGACCCAGGAAGAGGAAACUCUUGGCUACACCUCCCAAACUGGACAGCAGGCCUGGAAAGGUGGGUAGGACAGUGCAAUACUCCGAGGACUCUGAAGCUGGGGACGGACAGAGGAAGAGGUUUCGUGUGUCCAGAGAAGAAGAGGAGACGGAGGCAGGAAGUGGCGGAGUGAAGAUGAAAAAGAAGAAAAAGAAGAAGAAGAGCUGGAAUGACCAGGAGCCAUCCACCAGUCAUGCUCUGGAGGUGUUGAAGACGAAGCGCGGCCACGUGUGCGAGCAGGAGCAGCUGGCGUCAGACCUCGACAGAGCGCUUUCGCUCUCUCAGCUCAGCUCGCUCGGCUCCCUCGGAGCAUCUCGCAAACUUAACUCCAACCCCAAAUUAGACAAGUCGAAGGGCAAGUCUGCGGAGAGUCGGAUGAAGGAGCGCGGCGUCCAUCCAUCUGCCAAGGCAGGGAAACACAAGAUGGCCACCAAGGCUUCUGCUUCGGAGACCGUCCGGAAGGUGAAAGGUCAGAAGAAGACUGCUUUGUUCUCUCCAAUGAGAUCAGAGCUCAGCAGCUGCUCCAACAACUCGGACUCAGAGGAGCACAAUUCUGCUCGAGGGGGCUGGCCCCCUCUCUCGGGGACACGUUCCCACGGCAACCUGACCAGGAAGAGGCGGUCCGCAUUGUCGCCGACAUCCCUGCUGACCAGCCAGAAGUCUCAGAAGAAGAAACACAAGCACUUAUCCCUGCUGCUGGAGGAAGCGGGCCUCAGCUCCUCUGACGACUCCUUCGACCAAGAAACCUCAGAGGACGACUACGAGGACGAGUCCGAUUCGGACGACGAUGGCCGCUGCGAGGAGAGCGGGCUGGGUCUGCUGGCCAGGUUUGCGGCGAGCGCGAUCCCUGUCAGCUCCACGCCACUGAGCCUUCUGCAUGACGGCAAACACCGCAGCAGGCAAAGCACUCUGGGGUCGUCAGAGUGCGAGUGGUCAGACUCGGGCUCAGACCUGCGGCUGAGGAAGUUCCCCUCUCUGCUGCACGGCAAACGCUCCGCCCCAGAGCUCCCCCUGCUGCCUCCAGCAACCCGCCGCAUCGACCAGACCAGCCCCUGCAAGCGAGAUGACGCGCUGCCAGUCAAACGCAAGCCCCUGCCCAAACCGCGGCCCACGCCCCGGUCGCCACGGCAAUUCAGCUUCGACCUCCCCUCCAGCUCCGGGUUCGGAGGCUUCAGCGAGGACGAGGGCUGGACCCGACGCCGCAGCGAGAGGAUCUUCCUCCACGAUGCCACCACCUCAGCCAAUCAGAUGCCCGUGCCAGCCACCGUUUCAACCAGUCAGAGCUCCUCCUCCUCUUCCUCCUCCUCCAGCUCGGCCCCACCUCUCACCCCGAAGCCCGCCUCCAGACCCAAACCCUCCCCGCCCAGCAGAGAGGGGAAAGAUGUGGUGAAAAAAAAGAAGUCGAAAGACUCUCCUCUGCCUGUGAGCCCGUCCACUCUGUGCAGUCCAAUCACAGACGUCCCCGCGCCUCUGAGCCUCAGUCCGGCACGCAAGAGCCAACCAAAAGCCAAGCCCAAGGCCAGAGAGCCUUCCAGGGGAGCAGUGAGCCGGCUGAUGGAGAGCAUGGCAGCAGACGAAGACUUUGAGCCCAACCAGGACAGCAGCUUCAGUGAAGAUGAACUCGUCCCACCGCGCAGCAACAGUGUGUCGGAGAGGUCCUCCACACCCGCUCCAGUGCAGUGUGUGUUGGAUAAGGAUUCUCUGGUGGACGGACUCAGAGUUUUGAUCCCGAUGGACGACCAGCUACUGUACGCAGGACACGUGAACACUGUACACUCCCCUGACAUAUACAGCGUGGUGGUGGAGGGGGAGAGAGGCAACCGACCACACAUCUACUGCUUGGAACAACUGCUGCAGGAGGCUAUCAUCGAUGUGAAGCCUCCGUCUGUGCGCUACCUCCCAGAGGGCACCCGCAUCGCUGCCUACUGGAGCCAGCAGUACCGCUGCCUGUACCCCGGCACUGUUGUCAACGGAAGCUCAGAUAUUGACGAGAACGAUGAUCUGAUCACUGUGGAGUUUGACGAUGGCGACACAGGACGCAUCCCCCUCUCACACAUCAGGCUGCUGCCGCCUGACUACAAGAUCCACUGCGCCGAGCCGUCCCCUGCGCUGCUCGUGGCCAGCUGCUCCAGGAGGCGAGUCCGCAAAUGCAGCAAAGAGGGCAAAGAAGCAGGAACAAAACCAGAGGAGACCGUUCCUAAGAUCAAAGGAAAACCUGGUCGCAAACCCAAACCCAAACCAGAGACCUCGAUGAACCCAGACGGGCGGGAGAAAGCUGAUCCUCCAUCAGCCUCCACCCAGCCCACAGAGAGAUCCCAGCCUUCAGCCAAGCCCUCCCAGGACAGGACCUCCUCUGUCCAGAAGGCAGCUCAGGAGAAGCCCCGGCCUGCAUCCCGCCCAACAAUGGGAACUCAGCUAAAACCAGGCCGCAAGAGCUCCACCACGUCUCCCGCAAGUAGCCCCACCCUUCCCAUCCCAGUGCCCAGGAAGGCCAGCUCAGCCCAGCCUUCUGCACCUAAACCACCCCGUGCUCUGCCUCCCUCCCUCUACCCCUCCACCUAUGGGAAAGUCCUGACUGUGGAUCUGUACAGCGAGCCAAACCUCAGCUCGUACAACAACCAGCGCAGAGAACGAGAGAAUAGCAGCAACGUCAGUCCCACCACCAACAGGCCGAUGUCCAGACCCAGUAUGGCGACAUCAUCUGCUGUGCCCAAGCCAAGUGGUCCUUCCGCGCCCCGGCCCACUUCUGCCUCCUCACCCAAAACCAAACCGUCCUCGGACCAUCACGGCAGCUCCAGACCCAGCCACAGCUCUGGACUCAUACCUGGCGCCAUCUCCAGGCUGUCAACAAGCAAACCCAGCUCGUCGCUAACUCCCAGACCCUCAUCGUCUUCGUUGUCGUCAUCAUCUGCCCCCAGACCCAAAGUGAAGAUGCCGUCCGAUCAGCUGUCCUCCAGCUCCAGAACCGGCCCCAUCUCCAGGCCCAAGACCAGCUCCGGGCAAAGUGACGUGGGCUCGGUGGUGAGACGCAAGCCCCUGUCUGCAGAGCCCCUCGUGAAGCUCGACCAUGAAGGCGUCACCUCCCCCAAGACCAAGAAGACCAAGGCUCUGAUGUUGCUGGAGGGUCGAGGCGUCCGUGGAGAUCACACCCCCAUCCCUCCGGCCGCAGCCACUCAGAAACUGCUGAAGGCUAAACCCAGAGCUCCAGAUAGAGAGUCAGGCCUGCCAGAGAAAGACACCUACAAAGCACCGAUGCUGGCUAAAGAGAAAGCAGAAAGUCGUGGUAGAGGACAGGAGAUGGACACAAGAGAGGAGAAAGGUAAAAAGGAGGAGAGGAAGGAGGUGGAGAAAAGAGAGGAGAGGAAGAUGAAGGAGGAAUCUCAGAGUAGCAGCAGCUCAGAGUCGGAGGAAGAAGGGCAGAAAGGGAAGAUGAAGAAAAAGAAGAAAUGCACAUCAAGUUGCUCGUCCUCCUCUUCAUCCUGCUCUGGUUCCUCCUCAUCAUCUUCAUCAUCUUCCUCUUCAUCGUCCUCUUCAUCUACUGAUGACUCCUCCUGCAGCUCUGAUGAAGAGAGGACCCCUACGCCUCCACCUGGACCCGUCACCCCACCUCCAGUACCAGACAAACCGAAAGAAGAAACAAAAGAAGAAGAAGAGGAGGAGGAGGAAGAAGAGGUGAAGAAGGAGGUGGAGGUAAAAGUUGAGGAUGAAGAGCUGUCUCCUCCUUCACGAUCGCCCUCCCCUUCAACCUCUCCGACUCCUUCCACUCCAGCUCCGGCUAAACCUGCUAAACCAGCCACGGGGAAGGGCUCCGGGCAAAGAGGUCGUCCUCCCAAACCAAAGCCCAGCGGAGGAGAGGGGAAGGUGGGGAGACCAAAGCGUAGAGAGGGGGUCCACCUCCCCACAACCAAGGAGCUGGCUAAACGUCAGAGGCUUCCCAGCGUGGAGAACAGGCCCAAAAUUUCUGCUUUCCUUCCAGCCAGACAGCUCUGGAAGUGGUUUGGAAAACCCACUCAGAGACGCGGUAUGAAGGGCAAGGCUAAGAAGCUCUUCUAUAAGGCGAUUGUGCGUGGACGAGAGAUGAUCCGCAUCGGUGACUGCGCCGUGUUCCUGUCCGCCGGUCGGCCAAACUUGCCCUUCAUCGGCCGCAUCCAGAGCAUGUGGGAGUCGUGGGGCAGCAACAUGGUGGUCCGGGUCAACUGGUUCUACCAUCCAGAGGAGACGAACCCCGGCAAGAAACUCACUGACAAGAAGAACUGGGAUCAGAUGUGCGGUCAGUCUUUACCGGCAGCUCUGCACUCUUCUAUCCAGAGGAAAGACUUCAUGGAGCGCGCUCUCUACCAGUCGUCUCACAGCGACGAGAACGACGUGCAGACGGUCAGCCACAAGUGCCUGGUGGUCAGCGUGGAGGAGUACGAGCAGAUGACCCACACGCGCCGCUACGCCGACAGCGAGGACCUCUACUACUUGGCCGGCACCUACGAACCCACCACCGGCAUGAUCUUCAACACCGACGGAGUCCCAGUCAUCUGCUAAACAAACACAGAAACUCACUAAAAGAGUCGCUGAAACCAAAUCCUGACCCGACUCCUCACGAGGGAGUGGAACCCGACCCGUGGUCUUUUCCAAGUCUAAUCACUGAUCUUCAUUCAUGAUGGAUCUUUCGAUGAACUCAACUGCUCCGACACCAUGAUACACUUCAGACUGUCCUGAACAGCUUCUACUACAGAGACAGGAGACACUAUAGACAGUAUUACAAGGAACAAGUCUCCGGAAACGUUUGCACACACAGACUCCAUCAACAUAUACUGUUCUGCUUGUUGUGUUUAUGGGAAAGCUUGAGAACACACAAGCACUUCAGUCUCCUUUUACAUGUAAAUAUACUCUGCAUCAGCACACAUUUACACUCACACACGCACAGACACGUGUAAAUACUCACCUCCAUGUAAUACACACGGUUAUAUAGAGGAAAAUAUGAGUGUUUUAUUUUCAUGUAAUAGAUUUAUGUCAGAGUACUUUUUUCUAAAGAGGUAAACAGUCGAGAAGCUUUAAUGAACUGUGAAUGAUGAUACAGGAGAGAGGCCCGUGUCCGUCCGUCCGUCCGUCUGUCCGUCCUCCCCCCUGCCCCGCGCCCCGGCAGGACGCACGGACAGACAACAGAUGGCGGAGAUGUGACGUUGUGAUUAUGAUGUUGCUGUGGUGAUGUUACAGUCAUGUUACAGUCAUAUAAAUGUAUCUACAGAACAGCAGGAGCGACAGACAGAGAAAGAGACGCACAGAAAGAGAGAGGUAGAGUCCUUCCAUUGCUGUCCAACAGAGAGCACUUAAAUAGAAAACACUUUUAAUUUAACCCCUGCUAUUCCCCUCGACAAUCCUAACUCGGGCAGACGAACUGUCCGUGCGCUACUUAAACUUCUGACUCCCUCAGAGACUCAGGCUUAAAGAGAGAGGAAGGAAUCUUGUACUAUUAAAAGCACUUCCCAUUUUCUUCUUUGAGUUCCUUAUCUUGGAGGAAAAAUCCACCCUGAAAACACGUAAACACUAUGAAACCAGCUGCUGUUGAUGUAUCUUGUACUUUGUCGUUUGCCCCAUUUUUGCACAACAGUUUGUGGAGAAAUAGAUCCUAGAGACACCAGUUUAUCUACUUGACAGCAGCCUCAAUAGCUUCUUUGCAUAUGACGUCAUUGAUCGGCACGAUUUCCAGAUGGAGGGCAGGUUACUGGAGGCAGAUCUGAAGCAACCACUGCCUGUGAUUUUCGUUGUCCCAAUCAAGGAAACUGGCAAAAAAACAAGAGAUAUAUUUGAGUCCCAGAAAUAGAAGUACAUAAAGGUGGAGGCUAUCCUCCCUCAAAAACAAUCGCAUGUGUUGUAUGUACAGCAGCUUAAAUGCCUAAUUAUAUACAUUUGUAGAUAGCAGCGCCCUCUGGUGGUCGUAGACGCUAAAGAGGAACUGACGUUGCGGAGUGUAAAAGCAAAGGAAGACAAGGUCCACAUAGGGUAGGUGGGUCAAACAAACACAGGACUUCUGUGAAAGAAAAAUUAAAUGUUAUGUAGGUUAAGUAAGUUACGUAACUAAACUUGCUGUGCGUAGCUAAAUCAUGUCUAUAUCGCGAUUUUCGUCACCAACGUAACUUUCUCACCUCCAGUAGUAACAUUUACAUUAAUGAUACCUUUUCAGCUAUCUUUUCCUAACCAUGUACUUUUUGUCUUUUAACCUUAUGCAAGUGGUUUUGUUACCUACACACCAAACUGCAACUGUUUCACAGCGUUAAUUACGAGUUUAAAACGGCGACCAUUACUUUUAGUUCAAAAAAAUGCGAUAAUCUCCUGCCACCAGUAGGGACACUAAGUUUAUGAAUUUAUCACUUUCUGCCCUCCAUCUGUAUUUCUCUUGUUAUCAUAGUCACAUGAUUGCAGAUAAGCUAUAGAGGUGCAGCACAGGUACAAGAUCUGGUGUCUGGGAGAAGCUGAAAGGCAUACUGGGAAAUGAUGGACAAAACUUGGUAACCAAGAAAAGUAAACUACAACACUUGAUCACAAAGCGACUCUGAAUGCACAAGCUGAUGUACAGAUUGUGUAGGAGUCCCAGAGGGUGGAUUUGUCCUUUAAUUUAAGGUGUUUUCAGGGUUGUUAACAUUGCAGUCAGUCCAAGAUGCAUCAAGGUCAUGGAGCUGAUAGUCAGUAUGAAGCUGCCAGCACUGAUUACAUCAUGAGCAUAAUUCAAUUUUACCAGUUAUCUCCCACAGUUUGGCUUCAUUCAUUCGUUUUGGCUGCGGUGUUUUCAACCUCUAAAUGUCCUGUGUUUUUAGAUUUUAUUUUUCUUUUGCUUCUGCUUUUUUAUGGACGUCUAUCUUACCCCCUUUUGUCUACAUUUCGCCCUCCAAGCAAUCAUUUUUGACAUGAGUGCACUUUGAAUGAGCUCCGCUACAGAGGAGACUGUGACUGGGAGUCUUGUAUGUUUUCCUAGAGUAUUUACCUACCCCCCCUCCCAUCUGUCCUCUGUGUCCCUGUGAUUGAUCCCCCUUCACCCUAAGACACACAAACGAACACACGUCCCUUUUCUUUUUUUCAUCUCUCUUAGCUGCUUACGAUUUUUUUCCACGUGCCUAGUUUAACCGUUUUUAGGGUGAGACUGUUGAAUGUCGUGCUCAGGGUUGUGAGCGUUUGGGCGGCCUUACUCUCCCAGGCCUUAUGAUGAUGAUGAUGAUUCGCCAAAUCUCGUUUGGGUCCCGCCCUCUUCUCCCACCAUCAUCAAAGUAAUCAGAUUGGUGUUUUCCUCAAAAAUGCCUUUCCUCUUUGCGAUUUAAACAACCCUCUGUUCCUGAGCUCUUAACCCACUUCGUUACACUAUUGUGUAUAGAGUUUGUAUCAGAUCUAUAUCAGUAUCUAUAUACAGUAUAUAACAUACUGUAUAAGUCGUAUAUAUCUGUGAUUAUCAUGUUGAUUUUCUUGUACGUUUCUUACCACGUUGCCCUCGCUCUGCUUCGCUGCAGAGAUUGAAGAUUGUCUUGUUGAUAUUCAAUAGGUUUAAUAUUUUCUACUCUUUUGAGAUCUUUUGGUUAUGUCUGAUUUUAUUAUAGGCUAUGUCGUGUUUUUUUGCUCACUCUAAGACGUCUCGAGGACAGCCCAAGAUGUUAAUGUUGUUAAUGUGACGUAUUCCCGAUAAAUAAAACGACAAAAGACGUCUGCCAGUGUAGUAGCAUUUCAGUACAGGAGAGGAAGUAGAGGAAAAGUUUGACAAAGCGCUGCUAGUAUUGAAAGUGGUUUAACAAGGUACAGAGUGAUAAUAUGUGCUGUUUUCUGAGAUUGAUGCCCCAAAAAUCUCAUCUGCUAAAUCCCCACCUGCUCCUUUAGACUAACAUUUCUGCAGACAAAAGUUUUGUGACACGGCCCAAAAAAAAAAGGAUCUCCGGCUGGGAUCUGAGCCGUGGGAGCAUGAUGGGUACACAGGUCGUACCGAUGUUUGCAGAGUGGACAAGUUAACGUGCCCGUUAUGAAUGUUUGUUUACCCCUGAAGCUGCUAAAGCACUUUUUUUCUGUGUGUGUGUGUAUGUGUGUGUGAGGGAGACUGAUAAGACAUCACACUCUUAUCCUCCAGUACACACACACACACAUGCACACACUUACACACCUUUGUAACCGUUAAAGGUGUGCGUUAUUGCCUUCCAAUCUCUAUUAGCCCCCUAUCUCCAUCCAAAGCCCAGCCUUAGGCCUUCAAACAGGGUCUAACACACACACACACACACACACACACACACACACACACACACACACAAACACUUAUUGCCCACUUCGCCUUCACUUUCAUUUGGUGUCAUAUGUUUAAAGAGCCUGACUUUGUAUAUGUUCUUUUUAUCACCAUUUAUGUUUUACUUCGGCUUGUCUUUUAAAUUGUUUGUUUUUGCUGUGACGUUUUUUUUAACUGUAUUUUUUUGCAUGUUUCCGUCAUUUGUUUUCCCCUUGCUUCCCCUCUCUGAACAAUCGUCCACGCCUCUCAAGCAAUACUGCUGACAGGCACUGGGAGCUAGCUGCUAGAGAGAGAGAGAGAGAGAAAGAGAGAGAACGAUAGAGAGUGAGGAAUGGGAGAGAGAGCAUAAGAGAGAAUGGGAGAGAGAGAGAGGUGGACUGGAGGCUGGUUCUUCGUCUGCUGUUCCUUCAGUAUCGUUAUCGUCCUGUUACAGAAAAAAAAAGAUUAUUUUGAAAAUAAAUAGAAAAAUCAUCUAAGUUUUGUAAAUGAUCCUUCACUGUCGAGUGGAGAAAAAGCUAUCAGAAUAUACUUUGUACACAUGUCUAAUCUUGUAAAAAUGCAAAAAGAAUACAUUUUAGAGAUAAAUCUGAAACCAGAUAUAUUCUGUCACCCUAUACUGUAUGUGUAAGGUUUUUUUUUCUUUUUUUUUUACAGACAGCAACCACGUUUAUCAGUGUUUCUUUUAAAUUGUUUUAGUAACUCAAUAUUUUAUAGUUAAUCAAUAAACAGAUGGAACUGUA